AUGACGAAGAUUGCUCUGUCUGCAGGGUCUCUAUCUAUCAGUGUGUUCCUGGUAUCUCUGGGGCUGACGGUGUGUGCCGUGUGGCUCGUAGCUCUGUGUGGAGUCUGCACCUGGUGUCAACGCAAACUGGGGAAGAGGAACAAGCCUGGUGUGGAAGCAGCCAGCACACCAGAUUCAGUUCAGAUUCGUGGCCGAGGGGAAAACAAAGCCAUCAAUGAUCUAGACAGGGACUUUUGGAAUAACAAUGACAGCAGCAACGUGCAGCAGAGAUGGAGCUCCUACCCGCCCAAGGAGUUCCUCUUAAACAUGUCCCCCUAUGCCCCGUACGGAGACCCUCGCCUCACGCCCAAUUUUGGGGACCCCUCCCUCUCAGCCGCCUCUACCCUGGAGCACAUUCCAUCCUCUGCAGCAGCCCGUCCUCGUCCCCUGGUGCGACAGCAGAGUCUCCAGCAGCCUCUCAGCCACCAGCCCCCUCCGGGCCCCAAUGACCCCCCAGCCACCUCCCAGAGCCUGGGCCAGCUGCACACAGGGCUCGGGGGCGGAGGGCACCGGGGAGGCCCGCGGGGGGUGCGGGGGAGUCCGGCGGGGACAGGUGCUUCCCGGUACAGAGGAGCAGGAGGAGGACGCUCCAGGUCCAAUCCAGGCAGCUGGGACCACAUGAUGGGACAGAUCCGCAACAGAGGACUGGAUGUCAAGUCUUUCCUGUGAGUCUGCUGAUCUGGGAAUGUUCUAGAUUCUGCUCUUGUUUCUAUUCUGAACCAGUCUGCAC